AUGCGCUUACCUCUCUCAUUCUCCCCCCCCACCUUCUUCUAUUAUCGGUUUCUCAUCUCUCCCUCCCUCCCUCUUUCUUGGAUCGUCUGCUCACUUCAUCUCCACGCAUUAAUUCAUUUUCCUACCGUCACGAUGCUUCUUUUCUGUUGUUCUCUCUAUUUUCACUCACUUCAUUUCCUCCUUUCCUCAAUCUCCACUCUCUCCCUCCUUACUCUUCCCCAGCCUUUUAAUACCGCUAUGCACGCUUUCACUGCCUCUUUUUCCAUUCUAUUUCUCUAUCCAACGUUGUCUCACCUACUUUGUUCUCACUUCUUCCUAAAGCUUUCUACGUUUUCCCCUCCCUUUCUUCAAGCUCAUUGCUUUUUUCUCUCUCAUGGCUCCAAGCUUUUCCUUUUUCACUCUCUCCCCCAAACUUUGCUUUAUUUUCCUCUGACUCUCUCUCAAGCGUUGCUAUUUUCCUCUGUCUCUCUCCCAAGCGUUGCUAUUUUCCUCUGUCUCUCUCCCAAGCGUUGCUAUUUUCCUCUGUCUCUCUCCCAAGCGUUGCUAUUUUCCUCUGUCUCUCUCUCUCUCUCUCUCUCUCUCUCAAGCUUUGCUAUUUUCCUCUGUCUCUCUCCCAAGCUUUGUUUUUUAAUCUGUCUCUCUAAAGAGCUUUGCUUUUUCCCCCUCUCUCUCUCCCAAGCUUUACGUUUUGCUCUCUCUCUCUCCCCCAAGCUUUACCUUUGCUUUUUGCUCUCUCUCUCUCUCCUCCAAGCUUUGCUUUUUGCUCUCUCUCUCUCUCUCCCAAGCAUUGCUUUUUUUCUCUCUCUCUCCCUGUCUCCCCCUCUCUCUCUGUCUCUCCCAAGCUUUACUUUUUGCUCUCUCUCUCCCCCAGGCUUUGCUCUUGAUCUCUCUCUCUCUCUCAAGCUUUGCUUUUUGCUCUCUCUCUCCCUUUUUCAAGCUUUGCUCUUUGCUCUCUCUCUCUCUCUCUCUCUCUCUCUCUCUCAAGCUUUGCUUUUUGCUCUCUUUCAAGUUCUGCUUUUUGCUCUUUUUCUCUCUCUUUCCAAACUUUGCUUCUCUCUCUCUCUCUUUCUCUCUCUCUCUCUCCGUAAACUUUGCUUUUUUCUCUCUUUCUCUCCCCGUUUUCUGGUUGUUGAGUCUCUUUAUCCGUGUUUUCUGUCGGGGUCAAAUUUCUCUCUCUGUCUAUUUCUCUCUCCAGUUUUCUCUAUGUUAAUUAUCUCUCUCUCAUGUGUAUCCACUAACAACCUCUCUCUCUCUCUCUCUCUCUCUCUCUCUCUCUCUCUCUCUCUCUCUCUCUCUAAGUUUUUGUUUGUUUCACUUCUCGCUUUUUCACCCUCCUUCUUACGUGGUGAUCUUUCUCUUUUCUCUCCCUAUUGUUUUCUUUCAUUCUGUUUGCUUUCAUAUUCUUUUCAUUCUCUUUCCUUCUUUCAUUUCUUACUACUAUUUUCUUUGCUAUUUUCUUCUACGCUUUCCUUCUCUUUUUCUCUCCUUCCCACUCUUGUGCCUCUCUGUUUGGCCUCUCUUCCUCUUCCUUUUUUAUACUCAUUUCCUUUCUCUCUCUCUCUCUCUACUAAUCAGCCAUUCGUCUUCUCCUUUUCCGCCUUCUUUUCUUUCUACUAUUUAGGUUCAAAUCCCCUCCCUCAUUUUCUUACCCUCCUUCUCACCUUCUCUAUUUCUUUCCUCCUCCUCUUCACCUUUUCGGUUUCUCAUCUGCCUUGCUUUCUCUGUCCACUUUACCCUCUCUUUUUCCCCCUCAUCUUCCUUAAUUUUUCUCCCAUUUCACUCACCUAUUUCUUUCCUCUGCCUCCUUCCGUUCACGUUUACCUCUCUUCCUCCUCCUACGGUAUGAUUUUUUGUGCUCUCUCUCUCUCUCUCUCUCUCUCUCUCUCUCUCUCUCUCUCUCUCUCUCUCUACUUUGUCUUUAACUUUCUUCCUUUUACCGUUCUUUAUUCUUCCAUUUUCACGCGAAAAUGUUUAUUUUCACAUAUCUUUCCCUCCGACUCUACAUCGUCGUCUUUUCUUUCUCUAAUGUUUGUUCAUUGUCCUUCUUAUAUUUCUCUCACUGAUUUAUCUUCCACUAUUGCCUUCCCCUCUCUCUCGCUUUACCUUCUCUAUUACCUUUCUCUCACUCGUUUUUCGUCCUUUAUUACCUUACUAUCUACCGUUUGUCCCCCUCUGUUAUCUUUCUCUCUAUCGUUUGUCCCUCCUCUAUUAUCUUUCUCGCUAUCGUUUGUCCCUCCUCUAUUAUCUUUCUCGCUAUCGUUUGUCCCCCUCUAUUAUGUUUCUCACUAUCGUUUGUCCCCCUUCUAUUAUCUUUCUGACUAUCGUUUGUCCCCCUCUAUUAUCUUUCUCUCUAUCGUUUGUACCCCCUCUAUUAUCUUUCUCUCUAUCUUUCCCCCCUUAUUACAUUUCUCUCUAUCUCUCCCCCCUUAUUACAUUUCUCUUUAUCUUUCUCCCCUUUAUUACAUUUCUCUCUAA